AUCUUGUUCAAAUAUAUAAACAGAAUCAUAGCGAGGAAGAAAGCUCAGUUAUCAUCGGAAAAUGGGAUCAGAGGUUUUUCCCGACGACCUGUUGACUGAAAUUUUGGUACGAUUACCUGUCAAAUCUCUCGUGAGGUUCACUUUAGUCUCCCGAUCAUGGCGUGCUCUCGUCACCAGUCCUACGUUCGUCUCCAUCCAUCUCUCACAAACCAAAACCUUGAUCCUCCUCAGACUAUACUCUCCGGCACACAACGCCGAGAUCUACUCUAUCCAUUUCAACACUGCUGAUUUCGAUCUAUGCCAGCAACUGGACUUUUCCUUUCGAGCCUCUGCACAGAGUCGCGGGUUCCGUAUAGUGGGUUCCUGCAAUGGUUUGCUUUGUUUGUCCGAUGCUCUCGGAAUUCUUGUAUGGAACCCAAUCAUCAGAAAGUCCUUAUCAAUUCCAAAUUCUCGUGGGGAAGAACCAGAGAAUUCGCGUGUUCUCGGUUUCGGCUUUGAUUCCCGCUCCGAUGAUUACAAGGUAAUCAAACUGGCUUACCCUCAAAUACCCUCACUCACCAUGAUCUUCAACAACCCGCCAAAAGUAGAAGUUUACUCGCUCAACUCCCGUUCUUGGAGGAGCAUCGAUGCUGUGACACCACCAGGUGGGUUUAUCGAGUCAAGUCGGAAACAAGUGUUUUUGAAUGGGGCAGUACACUGGGUUGCAAUGAGUGAUCGCCAUGGUUACUCCAUCGUAUCUUUCAACAUUGCAGAUGAGGUGUUUGAUGAAAUGCCACUUCCAGAAAUUCGUGGGUCGUCGUCUUCUCCGGCGUACUUCUCAAUCGCGUUGCUGGGGAAACAUCUUAGUGCUUUUGAAUACGAGGGUUUUGCGUGGAGUAACAGCGGUGUUGGGUUACUGAGUCGCGGGGUGAGUGUUUGGGUGAUGGAAAAAUAUGGAGUGGUGGAAUCAUGGAAAAAGAGAUUCAACGUGGAUUUUCAACAAAGAUUAGGAAGCGUCGUUGGGAUGCCUUUGGAGAUAAGAGGAGACAGUGAGAUUUUGUUAGCGACGAAUGAUGGGAGAUUGAUUUUGUAUUCUGCGCAGAGCCACCAUGCCAAAGAUGUUGGAGCUUGCGGGAAGGUAUAUAGUUGUUAUGCUGAUAGGUUUGUGGAAAGCUUAGUUCUUUUUGAAAAUGGAAUUGAUUAAUUCCUUGUUUGGUUUUUCAUAUAUUAGAAUCUUGAAUUGAUUAACAAAAUAUAUUUGAGACCAAAUUACAUAAUAUGUUAUACUUCAAAAAUUAAAUUGGGUAUUUAUUUUUUAAUGUGAAAGUGAAUAUGAAUUUCCUAACGAUUGCCACCUUCGAUUGCUACUUGAAUGUUUUUGAAGCUCUAUAACUUGAUUUGAUUUAAAUAUAGGUAAAACCCUCUUUGCACAAGCUAUUUAUGUUU